AUGGCUUCUCCAGGCAGGUUCAAUUCGCAACAGAAUCUCACCUCUCCUACUGCGGCGUCGCCAACAACAACGCAAUAUCCUUUCCCAGAUGUCUCUGAACGGCAGUACAGUGCCUCGAGAGGCAACGUGCGGCGAGGCUCAACUGCCAGUUCCAUCACGAGCAUUGGAGGAGCCCUUGAUACUGGCUCCUUCAACAGCAGCACGAUCACGGAGAAUAGCCAGAAUGCUAUCUCGACCCUCCUCCAACAUCCCAUCAUGCGGACUGGUUUACAGGCAACUACUACGGUACCCAACGCUGGCUACAAAGCCCCCACACACCGCGACAUCCCCCCGGUAGCAUUGACGAAUAUACCUCACAUAGAAGCCAAAGCGUUUCACCCAUACCUUGCACAAGUUGGCUCACUUUACGAGGCAUUUCAGCGAGCGAAAGCUGAGGGAGACGGGGAACCAUCACUGUUUCAAAGAGACGCAAAGGAACGCAAGAAUGAGGAAUGGGAGGCAAUCCUAAGCAAGAGGCUGCAAAGGCCUGGCCAUUCUCGGGCUGGAUCGGUAGCAUCAACCGUCUCGACCCCAAGUGAACGCCCGCAAGCGAAGAGAAAGCAGAGCAGCCAACGCCGGCAGGCUGCGACGCCCCUGUCUACCAUUCCCUCGGUCUACUCCGAAGAGGAUUUCCAUUUGGAGAAUCCGAGGACUUUUGAUAUUGUCUCAGAACGGUCCGAAAUUGUCAGGGACCCAAACGGCACCCCUAGUGGUAGGAAGUCCUUGGCUACAAAUGCUAUUCUGCAGGAGAAGUUGUCAUGGUAUAUGGACACCGUCGAAGUGCAUCUGAUAAGUUCAAUAUCUACCGCCUCGAAAUCCUUCUUUUCUGCUCUAGGUUCUCUCAGAGAGUUACAUGGAGAGGCCGAAGAAUCGGUCAACAGGAUUCAAAAACUACGGAAGGAUCUCGCGAAACUGGACAAGGAGAUGGCUAUUGAUGGUUUGAAAGUCGUCAACCUCAAACAGAGGCGAGACAAUGUUAGGCAACUUGCAGAAGCAAUUAUGCAACUUGAUGACAUCGUAACAUCUGUUCAGACUUGUGAAAAUAUGAUCGAGCAAGGCGAAAUUGAUACGGCGCUCGAUAACCUGGAUGAGGUUGAAGCAUUGAUGACUGGCCAUCCAAGCCGACUCCGGAUGUCCGAAGAGUCUGAGCGAUAUCCAAGGCGCGAUUUGAGAAGAAUCAAAGCCUUGGAAGGGGCUCUUGAUGAUCUGAAUCAGCUCCGUUUUCGGGCUGGUCGAGGUUACGAAAGCCGUUUUCAUGCCAGUUUGCUCACCGAUAUCAGACGGCACGUGGCGCAGACAGAAACUGGAAUCACGCUCCAGAGAUGGGGCACUGCAUAUACCAGGCCCAAACCAGGCCAAAGGAGGGCCCCGUCUUCGUUCCCAGGCUACAUGAAUAUAGGCCCAGAAUUACGAGUGGAACUCGAGGUGGAAAUGAAGGGCUUGUCCCGCGCAAGGUACACAACUCCAGCCGCAACAACUUUCCGAGCUCUGGUAUUGCGCGAGAUGAAAUCCAUGAUUCGCAAACAGUUACCCGCCUCCAAUGAUGACGACAACGUUUCAACGAUAUCUGCUUCAACGAUGGGGGGUCGCCAUAUGAGCCAGCAAGAGAAGUCCUCAAUCCUGGCCAGAAAUCUGCGUGCUUUGGAUGCAGACGACUGGUAUCAGAUGUUGGCAACAAUUUAUACAAAUAUUAGUGAAGGAUUGCGUAGGCUUAGUGUGCAGGUCAAAAUUCUUCUCGACAUCACGAGCAACUUACCCGAGAACAUGAUCAGAUCACCACCUCGAACUCCAGAUCCCGCUAGUAUUGAUCGUCUGGUGAGUGCAGGAGGUCGACCUCGAGCGACAAGCUCUGUACAGGCAGAGAUGCAACAAGCAUUGGAUUUGUCCAGCCUCUUGGGUGAAGGCGUCGAUCUCGUCCAGGCACAAAUAACGAAAGUGGUCAAAGUUCGGUCACAACAGAAUGCCGAGCUUCCUCUACCAGAGUUUUUAAAAUACUUCACGUUGAACAAGUUGUUCGCCGAUGAAUGUGAGGCCAUCUCUGGUCGAAGUGGGGCUGCACUGAAAACCGUGGUCGAUACUCAAAUCAAGGAUUUCGUUGCUCACUUUGGAGACACUCAGAAGCAUGAAAUUGUCAAAGUCAUGGAUAGCGACAAGUGGGAUGCUAAGGACUUUGGCGACCACGAGAACGAGGUUCUCAAUUUGGUGAUGCAAGGCAGCACUAGUGAUGUUCUAUCAUGGACGGAGAGCACCAUGAUCUGGCAAGCUCCAGCGCAUCCGACAAAAAGCACAAAUGGUGUUGCAACAAAUGGGACUGCAGGCGCUGCUGCCGCGAAGGUCCGCAGUGCCGUUGUGGACGAGCAGAAGUAUAUCUUGCCUGAAUCAGCAUUGGCCAUGCUUCGGUCCAUGGAAACAUUCCAGCAUCUCGCCGCUGGAAUUCCUAGCAUGAGUCACGAAGUCGCAAGUCUACUCCUGGAAAGCCUCAAGUUGUUCAACUCGCGCACAUCUCAACUUAUUCUAGGCGCUGGGGCAACAAGAAGUGCCGGGCUGAAGAAUAUUACAACAAAACAUCUCGCGUUGUCCUCUCAAGCCCUCAGCUUCAUUGUUGCUCUGGUUCCCUAUGUCCGCGAAUUCUUUCGUCGCCAUCUCUCCUCGUCAAAUGCCUCGCAGGUCAUGACAGACUUUGAUAAGGUUAAGCGCCUGUUUCAGGAGCAUCAGCAUGGCAUUCAUGAGAAAUUGGUUGACAUUAUGUCUGGGAGAGCAUCCAUGCAUGUGAAAGCUAUGAAAAAUAUUGAUUGGGAUGAAGCUGCGAAGAAUAAGGCAGUUUCAGUAUCGCCUUAUAUGGAGACCCUCACCAAAGAGACUGGUACCUUACAGAAAGUGCUGGCCAAACAUCUACCAGAACCAGUUGUCGCAGGGAUCAUGAUACCUGUCUUUUCCAGCUAUCGCGACCAGUGGACUAGGGCAUAUCGUGAUGUGCCUCUAAACUCACCCGCAGCCAAAGAAAGACUUCUAGCAGAUGCCGAGUUCUUCAAGGCGAGGCUCAGCAAGAUCGAUGGUGCAGGUGAUAUUGGCGACGAGAUUGUCAAGCUGAUACAAGGAAAACCCGUGACUCAGACUGAGACCACUGCAGCUGAUGCCCCAUCAGCAGUACCAUCAGCGGCACUAACAGGCCCAGCACAACCAACCCAGGCACAGAGCAACGACAACGAAAGCAAGGUCACUCCUCCCGCACAUCCAGCCAAGGAUGGCCAAAAGUCAUAG